AUGUGGAGCGGCUUCUCAAUCACUGCCAAGCUAGUGUCAGAGAAGCUGGUGUCCUACCUGGCUGUGUGUAAGAAGACAGUGGAAGCCCAAGCCUGGCGCAUGUGGGCUGCUCUACCUCCAGCCUCUCUACCUGCAGGGCCUGAGCGCAGCUGCCUCCCAGUGCAUUGCUACUUGGUGGACUCUUCCACUGUCCUGCAGUCCUCUGACUCCCUCUUAUCCAUAGAGUCCUCCCUGGGGGCCAGUCUCCAGCCCCUUCUAAGAGAGGAAGAACAAGAGGAUGAAGAAGAAAUCAGUGUUGUGGAAAAGAGGCAAUUCUCUGACAAAAUGUCAGAAGCAGGGUCAACCCCUGUGGGAAGCCACAGCAAAUCUCUCAACAACCCACUGAGCCUCAAAAGACGCCUUGGCUCCAGGCAUCUGCAUAACUCUGCAGCCCCGCCCUCCACCAGGAGAAACUACUGUGCCAACAAGAAGGCCAAGUUGGACAGUGGCAGGGUCCUGAAACAAAUCGGCAACAACCGCAAAUGCACCAGCCCACAGACCUCCUUACGCUCUGAGGAGAACGACAAGAGGCAAACACAGAACGACAAGAGGCAAACACACAAUGUCUUGGAACGCCAGAGGAGGAACGAGCUGAAAUGGAGCCUUUUGGCCCUGCGAGACCAGAUCCCAGACUUGGAAAACAAUGAAAAGGCUCCCAAGGUCGUUAUCCUUAAGACGGCCACUGCCUACAUCCUGUGCAUCCAAGCAGAGGAAUACAAACUCAUUACAGAAAAGGACUUGUUGAGGAAACGGCGAGAACAGUUGAAGCACAAACUUGAACAGCUAAGGAACUCUUGUACAUAA